UUUCUUAAGGUUUUAAUAUUAUUUUGUGUAUGUGUGUGUGUUUUUUUUUACUAAGGAUUGUGCAAGCAACCUAACUAUGAAGUCAUGUACUAAUAAUAUGGAUGUUUGUUAUACAAAAAUGAACUAAUGUUGUCGGUAAAUGUUUUCAUUGUUUUGUAUUUCCAAGGUGCUUCUAUUUAUCUAAAUUAAAAGUAUUUUUAAUUUGUAUUUCGAACUCUUAGAUGACAUAUAAAUUUGUAUGCAUAUGGUUUUAUUAGAUCAGAUUGGUUGACUUUCAUUUUUAUAUUUUGUUACUUAUGUAAUUUAUGAUGAUAGAUAUGUUUUUAUGAUCUAAUUUAUAAGUAUGUCCAGAGAAAUAAAUAAGAGAAAUAAGUUAUUUCAUUAUAAUAAUUUUUUUAAUCCGUGCAUCACACGGGCCUAAUCUAGUAUUAAUAACAUAUUAAGAGAGUAGGAGACCUCCAUAACUUUUCUUUGAACUUCUCUUUUAUCUCUGGAUUUCAAAAUUUGUUCCUUCAAUUUCCUUAAAUUUCAAGAACCGAAAAUGAUGAAGAUGAAAUGUGUAACUAGUCUAAUUAUAGUUUUGGUAUCAUUUGCGUUGUCUAACAAUUAUCGUACCAUUCUUAAUACAAAUACAAAUACAUUGCAUUCAAAUUCAAAUAUUAUUGGAUUUCUACCUGGCUUCCCUGGAAUUCUCCCUUUCAACCUUCAAACAGGUGCUUGGAUCCAGUAGAAGAAUCAUUUAUCCUGGAAUCCAAAUGCAAUGUAUCAACACCCGAGAAGUGGUGUCGGGUAUUGCUUAACUUCCCUCUUUUGGUCACAAUUUUUCAGAGUUGAAGGGGAUAUAAUUUAAGUACUUCAUCCUUUUUUUUUCUUUUUUUCUUUUUUUUGUAAGACAAUUUUGUUCAAAAUGGAAAAGUUGUUGGAAACGGAAAGAGUAGACUUUAUGUGAUCGAUAACAAAUUUUGAAUUUGUACUAUUUGUGUGUGAGUGUGUGUUUUUUAUGGUGCAGGUAUACUAUCGUAAUUACAUGUCUCAAUCGUGGGCCAAUGACAUUAACGUCCAAGCAGCUCUUCAUGUUCGGGAGGGAAUGAUUAACGAAUGGUUUCGCUGCCGUGGUCGUCGCAGUGAUGAUGAGUUUAAGUACAAUAUUGAUGUUGAUGCUGAUAGUGCCAUAAGUUAUUAUCAAAAUCUUACCACCAAGCCUCUCAGGGCACUAAUCUUCAGUGGCGACUAGGAUAUGAUGGUUCCAUAUAUGUCAACAUUGAAAUGGAUCAAAACGCUAAAUAUCGUCCCAGAAGAUAAUUGGAGGCCUUGGUUUCUUAAUGACCAAGUUGGAGGGUAAAUUCCUAAAAAAUUCUGAGCAAUUAUUAUUUGAAAUUGUCUUUUGAUUUUUACCUUAUUAAGUGAAAAAAAUUACCAUCUAAGAAUGGAUCUAUAUCUUGAUAAAUUUGACGAAGUGACCUAACACUACAAGAUAAUCUGAUGUGUAGGUAGAUAUGUCCAAAUUUUUUUUUAAGUGAACUUACUCGUAAUAAAUAUGAAGGAAUUGAAGUGAGGUUGGUAGAAAAAUAAAGUAUGAUAGUUCGAAAUUAAGAGAGAAAAUCUUGAAAUAUAUUAAAGUAUGAUAAUUGGGGAUUUCAUUAAAAGAGAAGAAAUUAGUAAAAUAUUGUGAAAGGUUUCCAAAGAGGAAAUGAAGCAAGAAAUAAAAUACUACCGCAAAAGAAAAGUAGAGCAAGUAAUGAAAUAC